UUAAAAAUAUAACGAACAAAUAAUGAAUGUUGAAAAUCGUUAUCCAGUAACGGCGUCUUUAUUUAUGUUACGAGAAAUAAAAAGCCGCCAAGAAAAAGUAAAUAGAGGAUAUCAGCUACUGAAGAGAAAGGCAGAAGCUCUUCGAAUUCGUGGUCGGCAAGCUGCAGCAGAAUUAGCAACUACUCAAGGAAUAUUAGGGCAUACAUUGAGGGAGGCUUAUAUAUCUUUAGCUGCUAUAAAAUUCACUAAUGGAGAGUCGAAUGCUUUGGUGUUAGAGAACGUAGGAGAGGCUCAGAUUCGCGUUCAGCGAGUUCCAGAAAAUAUAUCAGGGGUGUCAACAGUAUCUCUUCAAGUAGUUGAAGACACAACUGCUAAUGACGCUCUGCGUUAUGCCGGUCUCGGUGCUGGUGGACACCGUACAGCAGAGACCAAGAAGGCGUUUAGAAAGGCUGUAGAGUUAUUAAUAAAAUUUGCCUCUUUACGUAACACUUGUUUAUUACUCGAUGAAGCUGUAAAAUCAACUCUAAGGAAGGUAAAUGGCAUCGAAAAAGUAAUUAUGCCCAAAUUGCGGAACACGGAAAGCUAUAUUUUGACAGAAAUGGAUGAGAGGGAAAGAGAAGAGUUAUAUCGCCUGAAAAUGGUAAAAGCAAAGAAAAACUUGAAUCAGUCAUUUUCAAAAGUAAAGACUGACAAGAAAGUCGUAUGUGGAGAUAUUGGUGAAAAUGAUAAACCAGUAACACCGCUAGCAUCUCCCAAAGAAUCGUUAGAAUGUCUUUCUAAAAUUCGUCCUUGCGACAAUCUCUCUUCCACUACUGUGUCGGCUGGCGAUUUUAAACCAGAGUGCUAUCCACAUAAUUGGGAAGAUGAAGACUUACUGUUUUAAAUAAAUUUGUAGAUA